AUGAUGUUGAGGACUAUAUUGCCCAAGACGCUCAUACGUCAAAGUUCAUCAUCGACUUCCGCUUUAGCAUAUAAACAGCUACAUAAACACUCCACAAAACCACCUUUACCAACGUUAGAGACCCCUACAUGGGAUGCAAAUAGCGCUGUAUCAUCGAUAAUCUAUGAGACACCAGCUCCUUCUACACAGCCAAGAAAACCACAUGUAUUAAACUGUUUAGUUCAAAAUGAACCAGGUGUUCUUUCCAAGAUUUCUGGUACUUUGGCCGGUAGAGGUUUUAAUAUUGACUCUCUCAUUGUUUGUAAUACAGAAGUUAAAGAUCUAAGUAGGAUGACAAUUGUAUUAAAAGGCCAAGACUCUGUUAUUGAACAAGCCAGAAGACAGAUUGAAGAUUUGGUGCCGGUAUAUGCGGUAUUAAACUAUACAAAUUCUGAAAUGGUCAAAAGAGAAUUAAUGUUAGCAAGGGUUUCUUUGUUAGGUUCAGAAUAUUUUGAGGACUUAUUAUUGCACCAUCAUCAGAAUGCAACUAAUGAAAACGAGAAAUCUUUGGUAGAAAAGAUUAGAGAGCAAAAAUUCCAUCCUUCAAACUUAGUACCUAGUGAAGUAUUGAGAUUGAAACAUGAGCACCUAAAUGAUGUGACUCAAUUAGCCCAGAAUUUCGGCGCAAGAGUGGUCGACAUAAGUGAAUCAAGUUGUAUUGUAGAAUUAGCUGCUAAACCAUCAAGGAUCUCAGCUUUUUUGAAAUUAAUUGAACCAUUUGGUGUGUUAGAAUGUAUAAGAAGUGGAAUGAUGGCCUUACCAAGAACCCGACUAAAGUCAAAACAUGAUGAUAUAGACGAAGAUACUGAAGGUAAGAUCAGUGACCUUGUAGAUAUUUCUCAAUUACCUCCAGGUUAG